CUCAGCCCAACGACAAUCCUCAAAUCCAAGAAGUACUAAUCAAAAAUGGCUUUUACAAGGAAGGAGUUGAGAACCUUUCCUUAAACGGCUUGUUCACGAACAUCAAAGAGCCGGCCAGGUGCAGAGCAGGAACAUUAACAUAACAUGGCAUAACGCCGCGGGCUGAGAUAUCCAUGGCUAUUUUUGUGAGAACCAAAUAUUUCCUCUCCUCUCGUCUCAAAUCCUUAACUCGCUUUCAGAAAUGCAAUCACACAUUACAAUCUGAAUUAUAUUCUGAAAUGGCCCCAGCGCCUAAUCUUGCUGUUCAUCCGGUUGACACGUCAAAAUGGAAGAAGAUUCAAGCGACCGAGGUGGGGAUAUCUCUUUCUAUGAUUUCGUUUCCAUCCUGGAUUGUAUUGAAGAUUCUUCAUAAAGGAGGUUAUGAGGCCUACUUAGUUGGCGGCUGUGUUAGAGAUUUACUACUAAAAAGAACACCUAAAGAUUUUGAUGUGAUUACCACUGCAAAUCUUAAACAGAUCAAAAUGAAAUUUCAUCGUGCAGAGAUUGUUGGACGAAGAUUUCCAAUUUGCAGGGUGCAUAUAAAAGGUUCUAUAAUUGAGGUAUCAAGUUUUGAGACAGUUGCAAAACAUGAUGAAGACAAAGAAAAAGCUUUAUCCUAUUUAAUCCCAAACGGAUGUGACGAAAAAGACUUAAUUCGCUGGAGAAAUAGCAGGAAUCGGGACUUCACUAUUAACAGCUUAUUUUUUGACCCUUUUACAUGUAAUAUCUAUGAUUACAAUAAUGGAAUGUCAGACCUGAAGUCAUUAAAGCUACGGACUUUAAUCCCUGCUCGUGUGUCAUUUCAAGAGGACCGUGCAAGAAUUCUCCGGGGCUUAAGAAUUGCAGCUCGUCUACGCUUGUCAUUUUCAAAGGAUACUGAGAGUGCAAUGCACGAUCUUUCCGCCUCCAUUGAGGGAUUAGAUAAGUUCAGAUUAAUGUUGGAACUGAACUACAUGCUGUCCUAUGGAGCUGCCGUGCCAUCAAUCUGCUUGCUCCAGAGAUUUAACCUGCUGAAUAUUUUACUUCCAUUGCAGGCAGCGUACAUUAAUCAGCAGAGAUCUGCCAAGAAUUCCAUGAUGCUGAUGAAAUUAUUCUUCAAUUUGGAUAAGUUGGUUUCUUGUGAUCAUCCUGCUGAUAGCACUCUAUGGGUUGGGUUAUUGAUGUUUCACCUGGCAUUAGUAAACAACCCUCAAGAUGCUCUUGUUGUCUGGACAUUUGCUUCUGUUCUAUAUCAUGGAAAGUGGAAGGAAGGUGUUGAUUUUGCAAGAGAACAUACUAAAGUGGAAGUUAAAUUUGUACCUGAAAUCUCAGGGUUUUCGGAAACUAAAUCAGAUGAAGAACUUGCCAAAGAAGCUGGUCAGUUUGCAUAUCUGGUGCAAGAUUCUGUAUGGGUCUUAACAGAGACAAGCAAUCUAUUUGAAUCAAUGUCCAGAUAUCCAUUUUCUCCAUGCUCUGGUUUGGUAUUUAUACCGAAGAGCAUUGUAAACCAUGCUGCUAAACUUUUUGACCUGAUGAUAGGGGAUAUUAAGUCUUUUGUAAAUGGAAGAGGGAGUGAGAGUCCUGAAAUUAAUUACCACUUGCUUGAGAAAGGGGAUCCAUGUGAAACAAGAUAUGUGCUUGGCAAGAUUAUUUUAGAAACAAUGAAGGCUGGUCCCUUUGGAGAUGCAACAGAGAUAGCCAAUGGUAAGAAAGACCUGCAAACAAAGGAAAUUGAGGAAAUUCUGACAAAUAAUCAAGUUCCAGGGAAGAAGGAUAAAAACCGUGCCCCAUCAUUGUUGGAUCCUGAGGCCCAGCAAGGGAUGCCGAAGAAGCAAAAAUUGGUUGACCGGAACCAGAAACAAUCAGAGCUAUAUACUGCUACAAAGAAGCAAGAAGUGGAUGCUAAAGAGUUCCAGGUCUUGGCCAAGAAGCACCAGAAGUCAGCCAAGACAUGCAAGUUGUCUGAAUGUGAUAUAAACUCGAUGCAAGGAAACUUAUUGUGGAAGGAAAUAGGUCUUUUACUGAAUAAGGAAAGGACAGCGGCAACGGAAGAGAAAUGCAAGAAUGAUAAGGAAAAGAAAACUAAGAAGCAUAUGAAGGUAGUAGAGAAGUUGAAACACCAUAUUUCACCACAUGCAGUUAGUAAGAAGCAACAAAGUGUAGUUAGCAAGUUUAAUUUUAGCCAGGAUGAGAUGGUUAAGUGGGAACAGCUGUUAGGGAAGGAAGUUUGCAAGGAAGAGGUGAAGGAAAAAACUGAAAAACAUAAAGCUAUAGCAGGAAAAGAGAGGAGCGGUCGAACUGUACUUUCUAGUCUCUUCAAGUGAUUAUUUCGUUAUUUGCAUGCUAUAGCUUUGGACAGCAACAAGGUAGAGGCAAUAACUGACCAGUAAAUUAUCUUAUCCCUACGGGCUUUGGGUUUGCUUGUUACCUGACUGAAACUUUCAUCUGUACCAAAGUUGUGUGAUAAAAUCUUAGAGGUAGAUGAAGCAUUUUCGUAAUUUAAGUAGGUAAUUGCCAUUUGUUAACAAAAUUUUGACAGCUGAAUGGGUUGAUAUGGUUAUAAGCAUUAACAUGAGUACUACAUUUUGUUGCGGAAAUAAAGAGUUGGUUAGUGUAGAUAUCAGGUUCUUUUCACCAUGUUCUGUCUGUUUUGUCUUUUAAAUGCUUGUGCUUCUAUUUUGAAUUUUGAUCAAUUGCUCAAUCCAAACUGUUGGUCUCAGUUAAAAUGGUAUAUAAUAAAGGAUAAAUAUUAUGGAAUAUGAUCUAACUAGACAGCUGCAGUGCAGUGGAGUGAAGAGUAAAUU